AUGACUCCAAAGGACGCCCUCGUGUCGCGCCCAGUAGCAAUCGGCACGAACAAAAACAGCAGUGCACUAGUAGACAAUGCUCAUCCAGGGAAGAUAAAUCGGAAAAAGCGGCGAAAAAGUUUGGACAUACAGAUCCUAAAGGAUCGAAUAUUGGAGAUUUGUGUCAAGGAGAUGUCGGAUAGUGAGCUGAUUAAGCUCAAACUCAAGGACAACAGGAUUCCUAUGGUGAUACUCGAAAGGAUCGGGAAUGGUUGUUCUCGUCCAAAGCUUGCAGAGAAAAGGGUGCAGAAGACGAUAAAGAAAACAGAACAGGUAGUGAAAGAGUCUAAAAAAUGUAUAAACGAAACUGUGGCAGAAGCUUGCAUUGAUAUAGAAAGUGAAAAGUUAGAUCAAAAAGAACUGAGAUCUGAGAAGAAAAAAGAAGGAAAGAAUGAAGUCAGCGAAGCCAAAGUCGAGUCAAUUGAGAAAGAGAAAGAAACUAGACUGGAAAACAAUAAAGAGCAUCGGAGGGACGUAACAUCAAGUGUUAGUCAAGAAAAGAAAGAACCAAGAUUAGAAAGAAACAAAAACAAAGCCAAAGCUGAUGCGAUCGUUGAAAACAAAGAAUCAAGGUCGGGAGAUAGAAGAAAUAGCACGGAAGUAAAACUAGAAGUUACGUCGAGUGUCGGUCAAGAAAAUAAAAAUGCAACAUCAGAGAGAGGCAAAAAUUUUAAUACCGCAAAAGCUGACGCAACCGUGGAAAAGAAAAGUUCUGGGUUUGAGGAUGGUAGAGAAUACAAAAAGGAAGUGGCGUUGGAUGUAAGGCAAGAUAAGAAGGAGACAAGAUUGGAGAAGAGUAAAAAUAAAAAUGAAGCGAUUCUUAAAAAUGAAAUUAUAGUAUCGGAAAGCAGUCAAGAGCGGAAAGAAGAAAUUGUAAGAUCAAAUCAAAAUUUGGAAAAGCGAGAAGUGAGAUCCGAAAAAAGUAAAAAUAAAAAUGAUGCAAAAUCUGAGGCGAUUCUAGAGAAGAAAGAUUCUAGAGUAGAAAACAUUAAAAAAUGCAAGAAAGAACUAUCAGCAGAAGUAAGACUAGAAAAGAAUAAAAAUAAAGCUGAAACCAAAGCUGAUGUGAUUGUUGAAAACGAAGAAUUAAAGUCGAAGAACAAUCUUGAAUGCACAUCGACUAUCAUCCAAGGAAGAAAAGAAACAAGAUCAGAUCGGUGUAAAAAUAAAAAUAACGCAAAUGCUGAGACCAAUGUGGAAAACUUGGAUUUACACAUGAAGGAUAGUUUAGAAAAUCAAAAAGGAAGAACAUCACGCGUGAGACAAGAAAAGAAAGAAACACGAUCAGAAAAGAGCAGAAAUAAAUCCGAAGCCAGAACUGAUGUUGUUACUGAAAAGAAAGAAGUAAGAUUAGAGAACAAAAAAGAACAUAAGACAAUUGCAAUGUUAAAUUCAUGUCUUAAAAUAAAAGAAACAAGAGCCGAAAGAACCAAAAAUAAAAUUGAUGCAAAAGUUGAGGUAGUUGCAGAUAAAAUGGAGUUAAGGCCAAACAAUAGUUGUGGACUUAAUAAAGAAGUAACGCCACAUGUGAUGCAAGAAACAAAAGAGCUAAGAUCAGAAAAAAAUAAAGGUAAAAUUGAAGCCAAAACUCAUGCAGUUGUCGAAAGGAGGGAGCUGAGAUCAGAGCAUGUGAAUGAUCAGAAAAAAGAAGCAACAUGCGUAGAGAUAAGUUAUGAAAAAAGGGAUACAAGAUCAGAAAGAAUUAAAAACAAAAAUAAUGCAAAAACAGAGGUAGCAGUAAAGGAAGAAUCAAAAGCUGAGAAUAGCGAUGAAGAGAUUAAAAUAAUAUCUGAUUUAAGUAACGAAAAGAAGAAAACAAAAAUUGAAAAAAGCAAAGUCAAAUGUGAAGCCAAAGUUGACAUAAUUUUUGGGAAAAGAGAAUUGAGAUCAGAGCAUGCAAAUAAUAAUAAAAACGAAGUAACAUCGGAUGUAAACUUGGAAAAAAGAGAUGCAAGAUCAGAAAAAAGUAAAAGUAAAAACGAUGCAGAAGUGGAGGUUAUGGUGACAGAAAAGGAAGCAAAAGUGGAGAAUAGUGUCCAGCAGAUAAAAAUGAUAACAUCAGAUUUAAGCCUCCGAGGAAAAGGAACAAAAAUGGCAAGUAAAAACAAUUACGAAACCAAAGCUAUUGCCACUGUAGGAAAAAAAGAUUUAAGAACAGAGAAUAACAAAGAGAUACAAAUAGUAGAAGAAACGUCAAAUGUUAGACAAGACAAGAAAGUAAUCCAAUCAGAAAGCAGUAAAAACAAGUAUGAUGCAAAAGCUGAGGUAGUUGUUGAGAAAAGACAACUAAGAUUGGAGGGCAAGAAAGAACGCAAGAAAGAUGUAACAUCUGCCUUAAGCAAAGAAAAUGAAAAACUACAAUCAGAAAAGAAUGACAAUGAAUCGGAAGUCAAAGUAGAUGCGAUUAUUGAAAAGAAAGAAUUAAGUUUAGAGAAUAAUGAUAUGCAGAAAGAAAUAAGGUUACAUGCAACCCUAAAAAAGAGAGAAACAAGAUUAGAACGAAGUAAAAGUAAAAGUGAAGUGAAAGUUGUGGCAAGUGUUGAAAAGAGGGAUUCAAUAUCAGUUAAUAUUAAAGAGAUCAAUAAUGAAAUCGCAUUGGAAGUCACAGGAACCGAAAAGAGCGAACAUAAUAUAACCGAAACAAAAUCUGACACAAUUAUUGAAAAAAGAGAAUUAAGAUCAUCAUCUCUUAAUGAACAGAAAAAAGAAGCAACAGAUGUAAGCAUAAGUCAAGAAAAGAAAGAAACCAGAUCUGAAAGGAUUAGAAACAAGAAUCUACUCAAAAUUGGCGCAACUAUGGAAGAAAAGGAAACGAGAUUAGAAAUUAAUGAUGAACAUAAGAAAAAAUUAACAUCAGAUCUACACCAAGAAAACAAAAAAACGAUAUUAGAAAACCAUCAAAAUCGAAAUAAUGCAAAAGCUGAAAUAGUAGUUGAAAAUGAAGAGUUAAUAUUAGAAAAUCCUAAAGAACAAAAAAAAGAAGUUGCUUUGGUAGAUGUCGAGGAACAGAAUGGUCCAAGAGUGGAAAAAAACAAAAAUGAAGCUAAAGUUGAUAUGAUUUUUGACAAAAAAGAAUUAAGGUCGAAAAAUGGUGUGGAGCAAAAAAAGGAACUUACACCAAAUGCAAAAAAGAAAGAGUUACAGUCAGAUAAUAAUAAAAUACGGAAAAAAGAAACAACAUCAGAAGUGGACGAUAUGAGUCGCAAAACUAGAAUAAAAAUGAGAAAAAAUAAAAAUGUUAAAGCUGUGGUUAUUGUUGAAUCUAAAGAACUUUCGUUGCAGACUAAUACAGAACAAAAGGAGCAGGCAAUAUUAGGUGUCAGUAAAGUAAUAAAAGAACCAAGUGUGCAUCAAAAGAAAAGUAAUACACAUGAAGCUAAAUUCAUUAUAGCUGAAAAUACGAAAAAAUUAAGAUCGGAGGUAAUCAGUAAUGAACUAAAUAACAAAGUAACUUUAAAUGUGAAUGAAGAGAAAAAAGCAGCCUUAAAGUGCAAUAAUGAAAAUAAUGGUAGUAAAGCGAAAAAAGACAUAAAAGAUAAAGUAAAUGCUGGAUCCAAGACGGAAAGUACAUCUAAUGUUGUGGAUGACGAAAGCAAAGCGCCGAUGGAUAAAAAAAAAGAAAAUAAGGAAGCAGUAGAAAAGGCCAGCAAGGAACAUGAAAAUGAUACCACGUUACAAGUGAUUAAAGAAGUAAUCAAAGAAACGGAGGUUAAAGAGUCUACCAAAGUAGAAAAAGGAUCGAAAGAAACACAGAAAGAAGAUAACGUGAAAAAUCAGCAAGUUGAAAACUCACAUGAUAGCAAGGAAAAAAAUAGUGAAGAGUUGCUCCCACGAGAACAAGAGCUAGAAAAACUAGAUCCUUCCCCUUUGUUUUGCAAUUCGAAUACAAACGCUUUGCACGACGUUAUAAUACGAGUCGACAAAAAGGAAACAGAAAAUCUUAUCGAAGAAUUUUGCAAAACGUCGCCAAGGCAUCAGAGGGAUGAGCUAAGUGCUGAAAGUGAUACUGAACAAAGUGACGGUUUAGUGGUUCAAAGUGACUCAGUUGUUAAGUGCGUGACUGGAAAUUUUAACGAAUUGACAUCAGACGUUUCAAACAAUUACACUAAAGAGUCCACAGUGAGUUGCAGUGAUAAAUCAGUAUCUUCACAGAUUCUCAAUGUGGACAAGGUUUACCCUGAACUUCCCGAGAAUGAUCCUAAAUCCAUCACGCCAGCUCUCUCGACAUUACCGAUGUUUGAAGAAGAUUUGGUUAAUCAGUCGGAAAAGGUUAUUUUACUUUGUAACAAAAAACUCAAGUUCGAUGCUGUUGAACAAACCAGUGACAAAAAUUCUUUAUCUUCAGUUGAGAGCAAGCCAACGUGUGUCGAUGGUGUUGUGGAAAACAGCGGUAAGAAACCUUUGAAAGACUUCAAAAAUAAUAUCGAUGAUGUUAAUAAUCAACUGUGCUCUGAUAUUUCAGGUGAUAAAGAAAAGCAUGAAAACAAAAUUGUUUCUAAAAAUGUUGAUGAUAAUAGCACAAAUCCUACGGAAAAUUUGGUCAUUAGUUCAGUGUACGAUAAAUCUCUUGAUAAUCUUCAAAAUAGAGUCGAAAGUCUUACGACUACUACUCAAAAGGCUGAUGAUGAAGCUGUGUCCGAAAAAGAUGUGCAAUCUGCUAAAAACUUUGUAAAAGAAAUAAGUUGUAAGGGUUCGCAUAAAUCAGUUAGUAAAGUCGUGAAUUUCAAGAAAGUCAUGUAA